AUGUCGGCCCGCGAGACUAUAAGUGCUGUGGCCUCGGUCAUGAGCGAUGAGCUCUGGUGUCUCUUCGCCACAUACAUACCGGGCGUCAACAUGAUCAAAGGGCCCCGAACACUGCUUUCCGCCGCGGCCUUGGCGCCGAGAGCCUCCGGCCUCAAUCCCGUCCCGGGACCUGAAAGUGCCAGUGCCGUCUUCGACGCCUUUCUAAGUUACUCGCUUGAGUUUGGCUUCUUUCCAGAUUUUGCAGGAAACAAGUCCUCCCCCAACACCUUCUCGGACAACUUGUUGGUGAACUUGGGCAAUUUACAGGGCACUCGGCCUUAUAUUCGAGUUGGUGGGAACACACAAGACUACGCCCUCUACGACGAAUCACUUCCGUACGCCGUCAACGGAACCUACGAUUUCAAUCGAUCCAAGGACUACCCGACCACCAUCCAUAUAGGCCCGUCAUUCUUUGAAUCUUACAGUACUUUCCCGGAUACCAAGUUCACCCACGGCUUCAACCUCGGGCUAGGCGCGAAUCGCUCAGAAGGAUGGGAGACUCUGGUCGCCACCGUGCCGCUAGCCUGUAAAGCCAUCGGCGUCGACAACCUCGAUGUGUGGGAGUACGGCAAUGAGCCCGACCUCUUUUCCACCUCAGCCCAAGGUCCCGUUCGGCCUCCGUCGUGGAACGAAUCCAUUUAUGUGGAGCAGUGGCUCAACGGCACCCGGGAGAUCGCAUCCGUCCUGGCCGAAGCUUGCCCCGAGUUCCCGGCCCCAGUGUUCAUGGCCCCUUCGAACGGAGGAACAGGAAACAGACUCCGCGCCCCGGCGCAGUGGGCUGCUGGACUGAACACCGACAACAACAUCGCCCUGUUCUCAAGCCACAACUACAUCAGCGGCGCCGAAAGUCCUGGAGUUACUUUGCAGGGCACUUUGAUGAACCAUACCCGGACCGUCCAAUCUGUUCAAGCUCAUGAGAGGGAGUACGCCAACAUCACGUCUCGCUUCGAUGAUGUGCCGCCGCAGAUCCUAGGAGAGCACAACUCGCUCUACAACCAGGGCAAACCGGGGUUGUCAAACUCGUUUGGUGCGGCUCUUUGGGGCAUUGACUUCAAUCUUUAUGCUGCCACGGUUGGCAUCAAGCGGGUUCACUUGCACAUGGGCACUGAUUAUCGAUAUGCGAGCUGGCAGCCAGUCAGUACAGAGACGACAUCCAUCGGGACCAAGGCCCCCUAUUAUGGCAACAUCGCCAUCGCCGCCUUCAUCAAUCCGGGCCUCUCCUCCGACCCCGUCUCUGUCGUCCACGUCCCAUUAUCAGACGACAACGAGAGGUCCUCCGCUUACGCAGCCUUCCAAGGAAGCGAUCUGACGCGUGUGCUCGUGAUCAACUUGCAAGCAUACAACUCCACACUCGGGGGUACCGGUACCAGUCCGGACCCUGAAGCUCCAGAGCGGCCGACGUUCUCGUACGCCUUUGAGGUCCCCUGGCAAGAUGGCACGGCGAAGGUUCAGCGGCUACAUGCGAAUGGAAGCGACGCCGUCUCGGGCAUAACGUGGGAUGGCUGGAGUUACAACUACGAACUCGACGAGGGUAGGCCUGUGAAGCUUGAUAAUGUGACCGUUGGCGAGACGGUAGAGGUCAAGGAUGGUCAAUAG